GAAGGUUAGAUGUCGCCACUGUCUGUCUGGGCAACAUGGGGCAUGCUAGAGGGGCUAAAGCUUUACGUGAGUCAGUUGCUGAACCACAAUUAGAUGCCAGGGUUGCUUGCUUGGCAGUGCAACUGGAUUUACAUGAAGAUGCAGUGAGGCUACUGAAAAAUUGUAAACGGUAUGACCUUUUGAAUGACUUCUACCAGAGCAAUGGCCAAUGGGGCAAGGCCAUGGAGACAGCUGAGAUGUAUGACAGGGUACACCUGAGGACAACGUACUACAACUAUGGCAAACAUCUAGAGACCAAAGGAGACGUCAAUGGAGCAAUUCCAAACUAUGAGAAGUCUGAGACUCACAGGUUUGAGGUUCCAAGGAUGUUGUUUGAUGACACACAGAUGUUAGAGAACUAUAUUGUCAAGAAUAAAGACAAGCAGUUGCGUAAAUGGUGGGCCCAAUAUAUGGAGAGUGCAGGAGAAAUGGAGACAGCUUUACAGUUCUACGAGGCUGCAGCCGACUAUCUCUCUCUAGUGAGAGUCUACUGUUACUGUGGCAACCUUGACAAGGCAGCUGAGAUCUGUAAUGAGACUG